CGGUUUCCGGUCUCCUCCCAAGCGAGGCAGUUUUACGGUUGCUUCUGGCCGUUACUGCUCCAUCCUCCUCCUCCUCCUCCUUCGUUGUCGUCCUUUCUUCAGUAUCAGGUCUUUUCGAAGACUCCCCUCUUCGUGGUAGGUGCAAUAGGAAUCCAAAAUCAUGACAGACUCCAAAUACUUCACCACCAAUAAAAAAGGGGAAAUUUUUGAACUGAAAGCUGAACUCAACAAUGAAAAAAAGGAGAAGAGGAAGGAAGCAGUGAAAAAAGUCAUUGCUGCCAUGACAGUGGGGAAGGAUGUCAGUUCCCUUUUCCCUGAUGUAGUGAAUUGCAUGCAGACAGAUAAUUUGGAGCUAAAGAAGCUGGUGUAUCUCUACUUGAUGAACUAUGCCAAAAGUCAGCCAGAUAUGGCCAUCAUGGCUGUGAACAGUUUUGUGAAAGACUGUGAGGAUCCCAACCCUCUCAUCCGUGCUUUAGCCGUGCGCACCAUGGGAUGUAUCCGUGUGGACAAGAUCACUGAAUACCUGUGUGAGCCUCUCAGGAAAUGUCUGAAGGAUGAAGACCCGUAUGUGCGCAAGACCGCUGCUGUCUGUGUGGCCAAACUGCAUGACAUCAAUGCCCAAAUGGUGGAGGAUCAGGGCUUUCUGGAUUCAUUGCGUGAUCUCAUUGCAGACUCUAAUCCCAUGGUUGUGGCCAAUGCUGUUGCUGCCUUGUCUGAAAUCAGCGAAUCUCAUCCAAAUAGCAAUCUGCUAGAUCUGAACCCUCAGAAUAUCAACAAGCUACUCACCGCUUUAAAUGAAUGCACGGAGUGGGGGCAGAUAUUCAUCCUAGAUUGCCUUUCCAACUACAACCCAAAGGAUGACCGUGAAGCCCAAAGCAUAUGCGAACGGGUGACGCCUCGCCUCUCUCAUGCCAACUCCGCUGUUGUGCUUUCGGCUGUCAAAGUCCUAAUGAAGUUCCUAGAGCUCCUUCCCAAGGAUUCUGACUAUUACAACAUGUUGUUGAAGAAACUGGCCCCUCCAUUGGUCACCUUGCUGUCCGGCGAGCCUGAAGUCCAAUAUGUUGCUUUGAGGAACAUCAACUUGAUUGUGCAGAAAAGGCCUGAAAUCCUGAAGCAAGAGAUCAAGGUGUUUUUUGUGAAAUACAAUGACCCCAUCUACGUGAAGCUGGAGAAACUCGAUAUCAUGAUUCGCUUAGCAUCCCAGGCCAACAUUGCUCAGGUUUUAGCAGAACUGAAGGAGUACGCCACAGAAGUGGAUGUGGACUUUGUCCGCAAAGCUGUCCGUGCCAUUGGACGAUGUGCCAUCAAAGUUGAACAAUCUGCUGAGCGCUGCGUGAGCACACUUCUGGAUCUCAUCCAGACCAAAGUCAACUAUGUAGUGCAGGAAGCCAUCGUGGUCAUCCGAGACAUCUUCCGCAAGUAUCCCAACAAGUAUGAGAGUAUCAUUGCCACACUUUGUGAAAACCUUGAUUCUCUGGAUGAGCCAGAUGCCCGAGCAGCUAUGAUCUGGAUUGUGGGAGAAUAUGCAGAGAGAAUUGACAAUGCAGACGAGCUCUUGGAGAGCUUUCUGGAAGGCUUCCAUGAUGAAAGCACUCAGGUGCAGCUCACUUUGUUGACUGCCAUUGUAAAGCUAUUUUUGAAGAAGCCAUCCGAAACACAGGAAUUGGUCCAGCAAGUUCUGAGUCUUGCUACACAGGAUUCUGACAACCCAGAUUUACGUGAUCGUGGCUACAUUUACUGGCGACUCCUCUCCACAGACCCUGUCACUGCCAAAGAGGUGGUUUUGUCAGAGAAGCCCCUGAUCUCUGAAGAGACAGACUUGAUUGAGCCCACUCUGCUGGAUGAGCUCAUUUGCCACAUUGGCUCGUUGGCAUCAGUGUAUCACAAACCACCCAAUGCCUUUGUGGAAGGCAGCCAUGGAAUCCACCGCAAACACCUGCCCAUCCAUCAUGGAAGUACUGAUGCAGGAGACAGCCCUGUGGGAACCAUGAGUGCCACAAACCUGGAGCAACCUCAGGUGAUUCCGUCCCAAGGAGAUCUCUUGGGUGACCUCUUGAACCUUGAUCUGGGGCCUCCAGUGAAUGUUCCCCAAGUGUCUUCCAUGCAGAUGGGUGCUGUGGACCUUUUAGGAGGUGGACUUGAUAGCCUGCUUGGCAGUGACCUUGGCGGGGGAAUUGGAGGCAGCCCAGCAGUGGGGCAGACCUUCAUCCCAUCAUCAGUCCCAGCAACAUUUGCUCCCUCACCUACCCCAGCUGCAGUCAGCAGUGGACUGAAUGACCUCUUUGAACUCUCUUCCGGCAUCGGCAUGGCACCUGGUGGAUAUGUGGCUCCCAAGUCGGUCUGGUUGCCGGCUGUGAAAGCCAAAGGCCUGGAAAUUUCUGGAACCUUCGGCCAUCGGCAAGGACAUAUCUACAUGGAUAUGAGUUUCAUCAACAAGGCUCUUCAACACAUGAGUGACUUUGCCAUUCAGUUCAACAAGAACAGCUUUGGAGUCAUCCCCAGCACCCCACUGGCCAUUCACACUCCUCUGAUGCCAAAUCAAAGCAUUGAUGUUUCGCUUCCUCUCAACACCUUGGGCCCAGUCAUGAAAAUGGAACCUCUGAACAAUCUUCAGGUGGCUGUAAAGAACAACAUUGAUGUUUUUUACUUCAGCUGUCUUAUUCCCCUCAAUGUGCUUUUCGUAGAAGAUGGCAAAAUGGAACGACAAGUUUUCCUCGCAACAUGGAAAGACAUCCCAAAUGAAAAUGAACUUCAGUUCCAAAUUAAAGAAUGUCAUCUGAAUGCUGAUACGGUUUCCAGUAAGCUCCAGAACAACAAUAUAUAUACCAUAGCCAAGAGAAAUGUGGAAGGCCAGGACAUGCUGUACCAGUCCCUGAAGCUUACCAAUGGCAUCUGGAUACUGGCCGAACUACGCAUUCAACCUGGCAAUCCCAACUAUACGCUGUCUCUGAAGUGCCGAGCCCCUGAAGUGUCCCAGUACGUCUACCAAGUCUAUGAUGCCAUUUUGAAAAACUAAUCUCUCAAACCACCACUGCCAGCACCUCACCACAUGGGAAUGGGAGCGGGGCUAACUCCACAUCUACUGCCACCGCCCAUGUGUUGGUGUUGGCAAAGAACAUUCCUUCCCUUGAUCUGGGAAAAGCAGCUCUGUAUUGUGUCUGAGACCUCAGCUCCAGAAGCUGAGGCUAAACCAAGGUAGCAAGUAGUGUCCACGUGCCGGUAACAGUAGGGGAUGUUGCAUUUGAUACUUUUAGCAUCUGUGAGAAUUUUGUAACCACUCCGCAUCAGCUGUUUUUGCAGUCCUGUGCCAUGUCUGUCUCGUUUGUUCCUGUGGCUUCUUCAUCUCGUGCCAUUGCUUUGCAUUUUCUAAACCACAGUCGGCCUCUGGUUAAUAUUUUGUAAUAUGCUUCUUCGUUUUAAUAAACACACACACUCUCUCUGCCCAGCCAGAGGCAUCUGAGAGAAAACACACACACUGCACUUUAUUAUUCUUUUGUAUUUGCGUACUGCUGAUUAAUUUUUGUAAUGAACCAGCUGUCUACAAUAAGCAGGAAUAAAGGAGGGGCAUUGAAACAAGACUAGUUGUACAACUGUUGCAAGGAAACCAAUGCUGGCUUAUUGAUUUAACCUUGGGAAAUUCGAUUACUUGGUACGAAUUGUAGUUUAUUAUUUAAGGCCUCUUCUUGCCUUCCCUCCCUAUAGACUAAAAAUUCCACCAUUUACUAAACCUAAUCCUGUGGACACCUGAGGGUUUGUAGCUGAACAGACAAUCUAUUGCUGUUUGAACUCCCAGGGACAAAAAUUGAGGGGCAAUGCCUCUGCUGCCCCUGCACGCAUCAGUGUGCAUCACAGCUCCAUAUACUCUUUUCAUGUGCUGCCGAUUGAACAACGGGUUCUGAUAGCUUUGUGCAUGUGUAGUGUCUUUUUAAAAAAAUAUGGCAACCAAUACAGUGGCUUUCAGAAGCAAGGCUGGGAAAAGAAAAAAGGCAGCAGAAACGACUGUCUGGUUAUCCUGACUGUGGACAGUUUAAUCCAGUUACCAUUUCCUCUUGACUUGGGUGUCAAUCUCACUGGGCAAACUUCUACUGUCUCCUUUUUUGCUAUCUAUGUAAUGGAAUCUCUCUGGAAACCUAAACAGUGGGGAUUUUUCCUGCCACCACAUAAAUGUGCCAGGUUCAAGCUAUACCCCAGUGUGUCUGAAAUGGGCUCUUAGUUCCAACCAUCCACACUCCACCAGAAUAUAACUUUUAGCAAGGAUCUAUGCCCUACCACUUCUUCAUCGUUGAGGAACAUGUUUUUUAUGUUGAAUCUGGUCUCACCAUUAGCCCCCUAAUGUGUUCUGUCUAAGGAAAGAUAAGAUGGUCUUUUUUCUCCAUGUCAGCUACCUCCUGGCUUGUCUACCUUUUUUCUCCUGUGCCCCCAUCUCCAUUGCCCCCUUUCUUGUAGUUGUUUUAUCUCCCACCCUAUCUGAGAGAUGUGGUGUCUGGGAGAUCCUCUGAGCAAAUUCUGCAUUGCAGAAGUCCCAGUUGACUUCAGUUUCCUCCACCCACCUACCCCCACACAAGGAGCACACAUAAACUUUCCAGUGGGCUGCUGCAUUGCCUUUGAAACUAGAAACUAUAGAACUAGGCCAAGAUAAUAUUCAGUAGGCUUGGUGGAAAAGCCUUUUUUUAUUUGGAACUUAAAGAAUCACUCACCUGUGAACAUAAUAGGCAGAUUACUAGAACUUGCUGUUUAAGUUGAUCAAACUAUGCCUGUCAAAGCAGAAUUAUAUAUUUUCACUGGGCAAGUCCUCAUCAUCCUCGCUUAAUGGCAAUGAUUCAUGAUGGUUAUUGCCAGUUUCUGGCAUUUGUUUGCUGGUUUCUGGCAAAAAACUUCCAUUCAAAUUACCAACAUUUACUUAAUGGUUACUGCAAAAAAGGCCAGAACACUGCUUCCAGUCACAUGGGUGCCUUGACUUAUGACGCAAUGACUUACAACCAUAAUUCUGGGCUUAAUUACAGUCAUAUAUCAAGGACUACCUAUAAUUCCAUCAUGCUUGCUUCAUAACCACAUGAGACCUUGGCUCUUUUUGGUCAGGUGUCUCAAACUGCAUUUCCAAACUAAUUUCUUCAUGAACAUAUGGCUAAUCAAGAAGUCACUCUGGGUCAUAAGUGUCUUCAUUGGCUCUUUGCCUGCAUUUUGAAUCUCCUUUGGAAAGUCUAAAGGCUGUGAUGUGGACUACCUGCAUAGGCAAGCCAAAUUCAGUACCCGUAGCUGACAGAUCAGUAGAACCUCAAUAACCACUAUGUCAUCUUAAAAUUGGGAGUUCUUGAGCAUCCUGCUUUUGGCUUAGCCUGAUUCCCAUAAUAAAAUAACCACAAAUAUGUUUGUGUUGUCAUUGUACAACUGCCAUAUGCUGUGCUUAGACGGUCCAGAAGGCAUAAUGGCAUUGUGUAACUCAGGAAUUAGAAGUUGCAGUGCUAGCUAAAGUUAGCUAGUUUCGUAGCAAAACGGCCAGUGACACUCUGAAGCUAGCAGAGUCCCAAGUCAUGAAGAUUUGUGCCUGGACCUCAAGGAAGUUGUCCCAGUCACAUACUCUACAUGCAGGGCUGCAUUUAUUCUGGCUUACCAAUUACUUCUUUAUGUGCUAAGUGAAGUCACAGAAGAUCCUUUUUCUUCUAGUUUUAAAGGACUUCCUGUGAGCGCUCAAUGCCAAUUCCCAUUGAUGGGGUGGGGUGGAGGAAGGCACAUACAGUAGUUACCUUUUUGUCAACAUUUAGAUCAUGGUGUCAAACCUGAUCACAUCCUGUGACGUAUUGUGAUGUAUCGUUUUUGCCUUUGCGGAGCUGGGAUGGGCGUGGCUUACCUGUGACGCAUGCGGCUUGCAGGCUGCCAGUUUGACCCCCCUGAUUUAGAUAGUAAAAAGGAUUGACCUAGAAACUUAGAACCAUAGCAUUUUUAAGAUGUGUCUCUUGCAAUUAGAUGAGUGGAAGCUGUUUUACAAGAAUAAAUGCUUUGGAGCUCUUCCACCUCCAAAUCAGUGAUGUGAAACCACAUUUCCAACAUCAGCAGAGCUGGUGUCCAAAACCCCAAAUGAAAUAAAGGUAGCAGGGAAGGCCACAGACCUGCCUGAAACUGCUUCUGCAUCCAUUUUUUUUCCUGAUGGACCUGGUGCUGUGUUCUUUUGACUGCAUGCUGUGAGAUGUGUCCAGAGGGGAGUAGAUUUUUCUCCAUCCAUUCAAAACCAAUUGACAUGGGGGCGGGAAUGGAAAUUGGAUGAUUGAACUGAGCUUUGCUUUGUAUCAGCAAUAAAUGUAAUUUACACAAUUGGCCGUGUCUGAUACUGUCUUCUGUCAGAAAUGUCAAUGGAAAGAACUAAGGAAGUGGAAGGCAAGACAUUUGGUGUGAUUCCUACUUCUAGGCUGUAAUAGAAGUCAAACUGCUGUUAAGUCUUCCACUACAGCUGGAGCUUCUUAGUUACUGGAGAGAUCAGACACUUGUUUUAUUUCCAAUCCAUCCUUCAGGGUAGGAUCUGAAAACCCCUUCUGGAGACAAGUUUGCAUAUAACAUAAAACAAUGAGAGUGAGAUGAAAACCAAAGACUAUAAAAGUUAAAUACAGAAGUUUAAACCCAUUCAAAGACAAUGACCUCUCUUCUGAACAAAUCCUUGAGCAAUGCAGUACUUCUUUAGGGGAAAGUUUAAAUCAAUAAUACUUUUUCUGACCAGCUUUCCUUUUCACAUGACUUAUGCGGUGUGCUUGCUCUCCAUCUAUAUUAACCCAUGGUUAAUGAAGGGGUGUCAUAUUUUACUGGCACCAUGGAUGUUCCACCUAACACAGAGGCCUUCUUUCUACAGCUAAUCUCUUCCAUGUGUGAUGCGAUGUUGUGCUCAUUAUACAGUAUAUAUUUGUACUGUAAAGUUUCAAUGGGAUGCUCAUUCCCCCCAAACUGGCUGGUGACAGGGGUAGGGGGUGAGGCAAAGUAAGGUUCAGUACUUGAUUUUUGUCAUUAGAAUGGUAUAGGAAGGUAACUGCUUCUGGUGGCUUUGCUUUGUUAUGUUGGCUUGCUUUGGUUAUGCAGAAAUAGAUGUUACAGUGAGUUUAGAUGUUAUGGUGUUACGAUGUUUAUAGUACUGUAACUUGAGAAAAUACUGCAUAGUUCUUUAAUAUAUGAUUACUGCAAUAGAAACAUUUUAUGCAAAAUAUUGGAUCUCAGGAGACAACAUUGGGAAAAUUACAUAUGUGAUUAAUGUGCUGCCCUAGUUAACUAAUUAUGUAAGGUCUAAAGGAGGCAGGUGGCGAUGUAGCCAAUUUAUUAAAUACACUGUAUAAAGGUAGGACAUGGGUAUAGUCUAUUACAAAUGGAUGGUGUAUGUUCUCUACAAAAUCUUAAGUAUAUCCACACAACAAAUUUACGAUUGGUUUUGUACAGGUCAUGGCUACUCCCAAUAAAUCCUGGUAUUGUAGUUUGA